GUUCCCCUCUCUGUCUCUCUUUAGUGAGCACACUUGCCUUUAAAAAAAAAAAGAAAAGAAAAAAAUUAUUUUUCACAAUCACAUUAGUAAUAAAUUAGUUCAAGAAUCACCAAUGAACAUUAACACUGGCUAUAAAAUGGCUGAAGACAGGAUAUUCCCAGUCUCAAACGCCACUACAGGGUACUUACUACUUACCAAGUCUGGGAAAGAGACACACCUGGCAGGAAAUACCUGAAGUAUCAAUAAAUUAUCUUCAAAUCAUCAAUAAUGGGACAAGCUAUCAAGUGCUGACUGGCAUAAGGACACCACACCACCAAAGAAGGAUUCCUGACAAAAAUGUUUAACUUGAAACCAAUAAUAAAGAGGUAACCAGGCUGUCCAGCUCUGGCGUCUUUGCUGAGGGUCACACUGAGCUGCGAGCUGCUGCAGGGGCGUCUUUAGAAGUCAGCACCAUGGCAGAAGACAUCAAAACCAAAAUCAAGAACUACAAGACUGCCCCUUUUGACAGUCAUUUCCGUAACCAGAACCAGACCGGGAACUGCUGGCAGAACUAUCUGGACUUCCACUGUUGCGAGAAGGCAAUGACCGCUCAAGGGGGUGACGUUUCUGUGUGUGAAUGGUACCGGCAUGUGUACAAGUCCCUCUGCCCCAUAUCCUGGAUUUCAACCUGGGAUGACUGCCAGGCAGAAAGCACAUUUCCUGGGAAGAUCUGAACUGGCUUCACCCACCUUUCCUCUGCCCUCCAUUCUUGUCUCAGGUGGCAAAAUGGGACCUGGGUUCAUGGUGAUCCACCCACGUACCACCCUGGGACCCUGAAUCAUGACUUAACUAACAAUAAAAGUUCAUUGGGGGGCGGGGGAAGAGGCAACCAGAUAAAUCCAAGUUGAGGAUGUCCUACAAAAUAACUUGCCUGGACUCUUUAAAUAGGUCAACAUCAGGAAGAACACUGGGGACCAUUCUAGGGAAGAGAAGACUAAAGAGACAUGACGACUAAAAGCAAUGUCUGAUCCUUGACAGGAUCCUGGAUCCCAAAGGAAAGGAAACCAACGGUAACUGCUGGUAGAAAUAUAAAGUGGUACAACUGAGUUGAAAACAGUGAGCAAUUUCUCAAAAAAUUAAACACAGAAUUACAAUUCUGCUCCUAGGUUACACAAGGGAAACAAAAACGAAUCCAUGCAAAAUCUUGUUCACUACUGUUCAUAAUGUCAUUCAUAAUAGCCCCAAAGCAGACAUAACUCAUGUCCAUCAACAGACGGUUCAACAAAAUGCAGUGUACAAGCCAGUACUAUCCAGCCAUAAAAAGGAAUGAAGACCAAUACAUGCCACAACAUAAAACCCAAAAAUAUUACAUGAGAGAAGGCAGACACAGACUACACAUAGUAUAAUUAUAUGACAUGUCUAGAAAAGGCAAACCCACAGAACAUAGUUGCCUGGGGCUAGUAAGUGGUGGUAGGGUAAAGGAAAGUGAUUGCUAAUGGGCAUGGGGUUUCUUUUUGGGGUGAUGAAAAUGUUCUAAAAUUGACUGUGGUAAUCAAUACACAACUCUAAAAAUAGAAAAAGAAAUCUCUGAAUUGUCCAUUAUAUAUAAAUUGUAUAGUGUGUGAAUUAUAUCCCAAUGAAGCUGCUAUUUUCAAAAGCAAGACUAUGAAGACACUUUAUUGGAACACCUGGGGAAAUCUGAAAAUAGACUAUAUAUCAGAUGUAGUACUGUUUUCAAUGUGAACUUUAUUGAGUAUGACAACUGAAUUGUAGUUAAAAAGGAACAUGUCCAUACUCUUAGGAGAUAUUUGCUGAUGCAUUCAUGGCUA